UGUGGCAAACAAGGAAAUUUGCAAGUUCCUGGUUCCAAGGUGUUACCUGGCUUGGGAGAAGGUUGUAAAGAAACGUGGCUUCGAAAGGUAAUCUACAGAGGUAAGGUCUGGGGGAAGUCCCCAGAACCUGAGUUCCCCUCACUGGUGAACCUGUGCCAGAGUUGGAAAAUUAACAAUUUGAUGUCAACUGUCCACAGUGAUGAGGCUGAUAUGCUGUCCUACGUUCUGUUUGAAGAGCUGAUGCGAUGUGACAAAGAUUCCAUGCCAGAUGGAAAUCUGUCAGAGGAGGAAAAACUGUUUCUCUCAUAUUUUCCUUUGCACAAGUUUGAGCUAGAACAGAACAUCAAAGAUCUUAACACCCUUGCGGACCAAGUUGACACCAUUCACAAGUUGUUCACCAAGACCAGCCUGGUGGCCAGCUCUUCCGGAGCCGUUUCUGGGGUCAUGAACAUCCUGGGUUUGGCCCUAGCACCUGUGACAGCAGGAGGCAGUCUCAUGCUCCCAGCAGCUGGGACAGAGUUGGGGGCAGCAGCUGCCAUCACCAACAUAGUAACAAAUGUCUUAGAAAAUAGAAGCAAUUCAGCAGCAAGAGACAAAGCCAGCCGACUGGGGCCUCUGACAAGAUCACAUGAGGCUUUCAGAGGAAUAAAUUGGUCUAAAAUCGAGGCUGCUGGCUUUUGUGUUAAUAAGUGUGUAAAAGCCAUCAAGGGCAUCAAGGACCUUUGUGCCUACCAGAUGGCCAAAUCUAACUCUGGCUUCAUGGCUGUGGUCAAUAAUUUUGUGGCCACAAGACACAUCCCUUUCUGGAGGGCUAGAGGGGUGCAGAGAGCCUCUGAGGGCACAACUCUGGCCAUGACCAAUGGUGCCCGGGUGAUGGGUGCUGCUGGGGCUGGCUUCGUACUUAAGAAAGACAUGAGCAGCUUCCUGCAGAGCUGGAAGCACCUGGAGGAUGGGGCAAGGACGGAGACAGCAGAGGAACUGAGGACACUUGCUAAGAAGCUGGAGCAGGAGCUGGACCGGCUCACCCAGCGCCACCGGCACCUGCUGCAGAAGGCGAGCCGGACCUCUUCCAGCUGCUGGGGCAGGGCUGUUCGAGGAUCCCGUGUGGUUAAACCAGAAGGGUCUCGCUCACCUCUCCCCUGGCCUGUUGCAGAGCACCAGCCUAGGCUGGGCCCUGGCAGGGCACUGAGGACACCAGAGAGGACAGUCUCUGCCCCAAGGAUGCUUGGCCACCAGCCAGCCCCACCAGCACCAGCAAGAAAGGGGAGACAGGCCCUGGGAAGACACCAACAAUGAGAAGGGUUGGUCACCCUGUCACCACAGAACCUUGAUUUAACAGAGGCAAAAUGCAAGUCUGCCAUGAAGAAUACUGGAGGUAGGGAAACUUCUAGUGGCAAUGAUAAAACCAGCAGCAAUGAUAAUAGAAGGCAAA